UCUUAUGAUCCUGUACUAACGAGUGGUGGUAAACAUCUAUGAUAAUUUGUUCAACUUGAGAAGGAAAAUAUUAAAUGAAAUAUAAAUAAAAAUCAUCAUGGCAGCGUUACUGAAGAAGAGAGCUUUAGCGGAGUACUGUCAGACUAUUGUGGAAGAAGCCCCAAAACCAGCUAAGAGGUUGCAGUUGGUACGACGGCCCCGUACAGUCGACCAUAGUGAGUUCAAUGUGUCAUCUUUAGAGACUACAGAUCCACUGCAGCUCCUCCCAAUAUUAGUGAACCUUCAUCAUGCUCUCCCCAUUUCUGGUGAAGCAGAGAGUGAAUUAGUGCCGGGGUUGAUGAAGUUGGUGACAGAUGACUCCCAUCCUCCCAUCGUCAUCACCAAGGUGCUGACACUCCUGGCCCACAUGAUCACCACGCACUCACAAGCACAGAUUAUAUUUGAAGAAGUGGUGAGUGUGACCCAUAGGAGCAAAUCUCAGAAAGUGAUUGCACAGGGGAUUCAUACAGCUUGUGCCUUGUCUCAGUGUGUUCCUCCAGACUCAAAAAUGCAGGACCAGGUCAUCCAGUUGGCCCUUUCACAGUUUGUCAGCUCAACUUUUAUUAUAAAGGUGCGGGCAUUAGAAGCAGUUGGAAGCUUGUGCCCUGUUGAAGCUGGGCGCAUGCAGUCAGCCAUAAUGACAACUCUAAUUGAACAUACGUCACACCAAGACAACAGAGUUAGGACUGCAGCCUUCAAUUCUCUUCUUGUUGUGCAGGAGAAAGGAGUAAAACUCCUCCCAGAAGUUUAUGAUAGUGCUUGCCUGGCCCUCAGUGAUGACUAUCAAUGUGUUCGAGAAGCAGCUCUUCUUCUUGUCAAGGUAGCAGCAGAUAGUGACCCUGAACGUUUAGUGCCCAUCUUAGACAGCGAUCACCAUGUACGCCUGAUUGACCAUGCCUUCUCACAAAUUUGUAAUGUUGUUAAUGACAUCAGUGUAAGAGUGAGGACUCAAGCUGCCUCACUCUUGGGGAAUAUGACAAGUGUUUCUGAGAGAUUCUUACAACAGACCCUUGACAAGAAGCUUAUGUCCAACAUGAGAAGAAAACGGUCUGCUCAUGAGCGUGCCCGGGCCAUGGUCUCUUCAGGAGAGUGGUCAACUGGCAAACGAUGGUCUGAUGAUUCCCCUAAAGAGCAUGUAGAAGCAGAUUCUGUGUGCAUUAUUAAUACCGGUGCUUGUGGAGCAUUUGUACAUGGUUUAGAAGAUGAAUUCCUUGAGGUUCGUAAUGCAGCCCUUGACUCUAUAUGUGCUCUAGCUCUUAACAAUGAGCAGUUCGCAAAUCACUCACUUGAUUUCCUCGUUGAUAUGUUUAAUGAUGAAAUUGAGGAAGUUCGUCUGAAAGCCAUACAGGUCUUGCAGCAGGUUGCUCACCAUAUCACUCUUCGAGCCGAUCAGCUGGAAGAGAUACUCCAUGCCUUGAAAGAUAUGUCAUUAGAUAUUCGUGAGUGUCUUCACACCUUCUUAGGCACCACUAUUCUCUCAACUAUAUCUUGUGUCAAGUUGUGUGUCACAGGUCUUCUUGAUAAUCUCCGCAGAUAUCAACAGGACCGACGCAGUAUUCAUCGUUGUUUACGUCGCCUAGGAUCAAACCAUCCCAUCUUAGUACAGGCUUUAGUACCACAACUACUUGUCAUCCAUCCUUACUUUGAUGGUGUUGAGCCCAGCGUGCAGGACGGUGAAUAUAUUUGUAAGCUUAUACUGGUGCUUAAUGCAGCUGUGCAUUGCCCUACCAUUCUGCCUCUCCUGGAACAGCACACCCUUCGCCAUUAUGCCUAUCUUCGUGAUACUAUGCCCCAGUUGGUGCCAGUUUUAAAGCUUGGAGAAGAAUGGCAGCCAAAAGGAGAAGCUGUCCCCACAAAUACACUUCGAUUUCUCAAAGAAUCCAUGGAAAAGGUUGCACAUGUGGACCGAUCCUCUACACAGCUUCGCUUGACUGUUUAUCAGACGGUCCACUCUGACUUAGUCAAGCUUGCAAAUAUUGAUCCAGCACUGUCACCAGCUGCUAACUUUGCUGCCUUAUACACGCAAUGUAUGUUGUUAUUCAGCAAGAUACUGUCAACAAGAAAUUGGCUCACACCAUCCUCACUCUCAAUGCAGCAGAGUGGGGCCCUUAAGAGUAAUGUUGAUCAACUAUUAAAGAACACCUUUCGACUGCGCCACGCAUUCACAAACUUAAGUCCUGUUGAAGAGGCUAGUAUCAGAAAUCUUCGAGUGCGUACUUUAGCCCUUCAGUUAGUAUACGUGGUACAUGGCUCGACUGGCUCAGCUUUAGGUCUAUGUGAUAAUUUCCUUGAACACACUGAAGCCCUUCAUAGGUAUCUUACUGAUGAAAAAUUGAGUGCAGAUUCUUUUCUGGAAGCAGUGUUUGAAGAGCUAAGCCAGUUGGAAGAGCCUCGUCCUGGAGCAGUUGCUCGCAUUCUGCAACCACUUCUUCUUACCCAUCCAGUUCAUGCUUUAGCCCCUGUACUUAACCCUGCCCAGGUUUGCAUGUGUUCUGCAGAAAUUAUUGAACCUCAACCAGACAGUGAAGCAAUUCAUAAAUUGAGUGCAGGAUUGGUGGUUGGGGUACCUCUUGAUGCUGAAAUAUCUCACAUCCCAGAUCCCUCUACAUUACGCAUACGUGUGGCCUACCCAGAUCACUCCACUCACCUUGUAGUUCCUCCAAAAAGUCAUCUUCGUUUAGUAAGUCCUGGCACAUAUAGACUUCUGACUACAGUAUUAGUGUCUGCACAAGUUUCCUGGUCAGAGGCUUGUCAGGUAGGACUGUCAUUAGUGUUGGACCUCAGUGACCAAGAGGUCCUGGCUGCCAGGAGACAUUCUGUUGUUAAAGCUGAUGACUCGGCUACCAUUAUACAACUUGUCAAACCAGUGAAGGUUCUUGUCUGGCCUAAAGCUAUUAGAAAAGGAAUCUAAGUGUUUCUUCUGUGCAGUUGAAAAUGCUUUGUAGUUAGUAAUGUUCUAUUUAAUUAAAUUAUUUUAUGUUUGAUAAAUCAUUUAAUUAUAAUAUGAAACAUAAACAAUGAAACACCACAAGUUUAUUGACUGAGGAUUUACAAAUUGGCGCAGAUCAUGUUGAUUCCACCAAAUCACACACGUGCCAUUUUGCCAGAAAAUUGUGAUUGUUGGUUUCUAAUGUAUAUAUUGUAUAUGUAUAUUUUUUUAAUAAAAAACAAUUUUAAGUUAACAUUUGCUCUCAUAAUUUUUAUGUAAAUUUGGAGUACAUGUACAAGCACUUUUUUUAAAGUAUAAAACAUUACAAUAA